ACUCGGCAACUCAACAACUUAGCGGCUCACUAUUUUGUAACUCUUCCUUUCAUUUUCAUUUGGUCUUUGGAUAUAGACAAGUCAACAGUGUUUUUCGUGUGCUCGUGCAGCCGAAUUAUACAUACAACGGCUUUUAGCUUGAAACACAUUUCCAAGCUGUUUGUGGAUGAACCAUCAAAAAUUUAAUAGAAAACAUUUUUGCGGAAAAAUUUUUGAAGUAGAGAGGAUAAUUUCAAAAAAAGGGGAAAAAAUCGAAGUUUCGGUGGUAAUUUUUUUUUCUUCGAUACCCAAAGUUAAAAGUUAUGAACUGAUUUAAUUUUAGUGCACACUCCUCUUCGUUGGAUACAUUCAUUUUUUGGAUUACUAUACACCAGUCAUCUCUGAAGAUAAUUUUUUACGGCCCAUCGCAUACUCAGCAAAAGGAGAAAAAUGAAAUUUAUGGAUUCUUAUCUAUUGCUCGUUGGAAUUUUCUUAAUUUCCAUCGAACAAACGUUGCAAUUAACUUCAAAUAUCAAUAAAAAUGGAAACAAAUAUCCAACAUAUAGUCUACAAAACAUGCCCAAAACUGACUUCACUUGUCGCGACAAAAUUCUAGGUGGAUAUUAUGCUGACGCAGACACACAAUGUCAAAUGUUUCAUAUUUGCGUGAAAAUUGCCGGAGUUGGGAUCACCGAUUUUAAAUUUCUGUGCCCCAACUCUACAGCAUUUGAUCAGGAGGCACAAACCUGUGCAGACUUCGGAGAUGUAGACUGCGAACAAGCCACCUUAUUUUAUGGCAGUGACAAUUUCGAUUUGUAUCGUAUUGGCUCUGGCUUUGAGAGCUCAAAACGCCCAACACCAGCUACAGAAGAUGAAUCAACGUUCCAUUUGCAACGAGCCGAAUCAAAUGAUAUUCGUCGAAGUAAACAAUCGAAUGCUGUUCAAAAUGCUUUAUACAAUUUGGGGUCGUCAUUUAAUCAACGGCAAUUUGAAUUAAGCUCGGUAAAGCCGGUUAAUCAAUACCAAUUGCAGAAGCAAACGACAACGACAACCACAACAACAACGACGACGACUACACCUCGCAACAAUUUUGCGACCCGAAAAUCACCGGUUACAACUACAACACCCUAUUUCGCUAUCAAAGCGACACCGCUAGUACUAGCCCCGGCCAAUUCAAAUAACAAUGAUGAAAUAUUCAAGGGAUCGCACAGCUCCAAUUUCUACAGUAACCGUAACAGUAACGAUGAUGACGAUGAUUAUAAGAGAAGCUCAAUAGCAAAUACAUCGAAGAGCCGUCAUCGAUCACGUGGCCGGGCGCAGUACCGAGGAACUCCUGCUACGACAACUUCUACUACAUUCAAACCACCAGUUGUUCAAAAUUAUACAACAUUGACGCCUUUCACCACAAAAUCCACCACUCUGUCUCCAUUCAAGUUCACAUUUUCUUCUACGGUUAGAGCAAACCCUUCAUUAUCACACGUCGCAAAUCAAAUAAAUUCCACACCUCUUGGACCAUUACAGCAACAAUAUCAGCACCCAAAUUAUAAUAAUAAUAAUAAUAAUAAUUUCAAUAGUUUCAAAAUACAACCAACAACGUCAGUACCGAUCUCACCAACACAAAAAAGUAAUUUCCGAGCAAAUAGCUUCAAUAAUCUGGUUACGACUCAGCCAAGUGCUUUCAAUGCCCCGCAGAGACAGGUAGUGUCCGUACCAACACCUUUCAAUAAUAACCAUAUAAAUGCUAAAAAGUUUGAAGGGACCAACGCAAACGACAAGCCCAUCAUUAGCAAUGGAGCAUUUGCAAACAAUAAUAUUUAUAAUGCUAACUUGUAUAGCUCGAAUGCAACAAACUUCAACCGCCAAGGUAAUGGGCGAGUAUUUGAUAAUCAUAACGUGAUUAAUAAUUAUCAGACGACAAGUCCAUUCGCUAAUCAACGUACAAUUGCCAAUCAUCUAACCACCAACAACACGGUUUUGCGUUUGGCUCCAACACAAGCCAAUUCAUUUGGAUCGCAAAAUACCGCGUUCAAUAUUCAAAAGCCAGCGAACGGUAGUUUCUAUCAACCAAACCAGCAUUUAAUAACCACAGUACCACCUUCAACCACAACACAGUCCCGAAAUUCGUUAUCACCGAGUCGACCAAAUUUUAACCAACAAGACUUGAUUAAUCAAUUUAAUUCCGAACAGCGGAAAUUGACGCAACAAAAUCAAUCUCUGAACAAUCCGAAUGUACAGAGCAAACAACGGUCAGAUGCUCAGGCUUAUCUCAGCCUAGAACAAAAGCGCUUACAGUUACAUUAUGAUAUCAAUGAUUAUUUGACUACACAUAAACAAACCCCGUCGAAAUAUUCUCCUACGUCGGAACAAUACAGAUCCGUUCAAUCGUUGUCAAAUACAAACUCUCCACAUGCUUCACAACCAAACCAAUUGUUCACACAAAAAUAUCAAGAUCCUCUGUUUACAACAACGCCCAAAAUUAAUAAGCAACCCUUUGAAAUAAACUACAAUCAACAGUAUCAAACACAACAGGACAGACCUUCACAGGCUUCAAAUCAUCAGUAUAAUUUUAAUUCACAAAUCAAUACGACACCACAGCCAGUAAUUCCAAAACAAACCAGUAUCAGUAGCAAUAGUUUUGUAUCAACAUCUACUAAGAAAUUUUCCACACUGGUUCCGAAAGAGAACUAUGCACCCACCACAUUCAAACCGCUAUUUUACUUCAAUGUGGCCAAACAAAUCAACGAUAACUUGAGCACACCAUCGAAACCAAAAUCCAUCACCGAUAGCUCAACAACGACCUCGACCGCCCGGACUAACCAAAUUGAUCCAAUAUUCAUUCGAAAUCCCAAUUUCUCGCAGUUCAACUUUAGAGAAAACUCCUCGAAUAAACAAGAAAUUCCAGUUCGAUCUUUCAAAGCGGCGAAUGCAAAUGUAACCGCAGUUGACGAGAAUGAUGGCCAAUAUCAUCCCGAAUUGUAUGAGAAAGACUUUGCACGCUACAAAAUUAAAAGUCGGAAAAAGCAACAGCAAGUCAUUCAAAGUACAUUCAAACAAAACUUUGCGAAACCACAAAAUGAUUUCAGCGUUAGCAAUCAUCAACAAAAUAUAAAUCGGGGAGGGCAAAAAAGUGUCGGCAGUGCGGAGGAAGAAUUUUUAAAUACGGCACAUUCACAAAAUAUAGCUGCGAGUGGUAACGAACUAUGGGCGCAUUCGAAAAAUUUGGCUAAAUCAAAACAAUCGUAUAGCAUACCAUCGAAAGCGCCAACUACUACUCCCCCUAAUAAAAACACAACCAUCAAGGAAAAACCAUCCAUUUCCAAAGAUGAUAAAGAUGUAAGCUACGAUUACGCGUACUAUGAUUCGGCGAAUGAUACACCACAUGAUUAUUCGGAAUUUGAUUUAUCGGAUUUCGGGAAAACGCGAAAACAUCAAUAGGAUCGACUGAGAUAGUGGAGACGUACAAUGAAUGUGUGGAGAAGGAAAAAUGUUGCAGUUCGUAAAAAAAUCAUAUUGCCAAGAUGCUGUGAAUGGUGUCUACAUGAAAUCUAAAUUGUUAUAUAAUUCGUGUCUCUUCCAUUAUAAAUAAGACAUUCUCAUAGAAUUGCCAAUAUCAUGAAAUUUCACCAUAAAAAAUAUCUAUUUAUGCCAUUUCGAAGUGAUUCGACUUUAUUUUUGAAUCCAUGCAUUUUUUUUCAAGUUGUCUAAAAUUCUGAGCAAAAAUGAUAGAACAAAUACUUCUAGAUGCUUUAUCAAAAUACCGAUACAAGUGUUAACGGGUGGUUCAUAGUUUUGAUAUAGAAUAUGUUCUUCCAAACAAAAACCUAUGAACAAUCCAUUUGAUGGGUAUUUCUUCUUUGGACUUGAAAAAAAAUUAUUGUUUGGAAAAUUUUCAAAAACAUCUUGUUCAUAACAAACAGAUCACAUAAAAUUGGUUCAACUUAGUGAUGCAAUAUAUGAUAUAUCAAGCAUCUUUUCAAUGUAGUUCAAUUGCUCAGCUUUUUGGUUAACCUUGAAAAAAAAAAACUGAAAGCUUUUAUUUCAAGGGCUUCGACUCCGCAUUAGUUUUGCAAAAUGAAAACCUAGUGUGAAA